AGUGGAACUGAUGCACUGAUGUCCACUAGAGCAAAUCCAAUCUCCAACAAGAUGCUUUAUCCUGUACAGUAUAACUCAAAAUAGAUGCCAAAGGCGGAAUGCGGUUUUUCAGUAUUAUUCAACGUGGAGAAAUUGGCAAGUGUCAUCUUGAAAAUGGAUCCUUCCAAAGAAGACUAUCCCACAGAGAUUCAUGAUUACCUUGUAGCCUUUGAAACAGCUGUUGGCUCAGUAGAUGCAGUGUUGAAGACCAUGAUGUCCAUAUCCAGAAGUGAGCUCCUCCAGAAGCUAGAUCCGCUUGAACAAGCCAAAGUAGAUUUGGUCUCUGCUUAUACAUUGAAUUCAAUGUUUUGGGUGUACCUUGCUACACAAGGAAUAAAUCCAAAGGAACAUCCAGUCAAACAGGAAUUGGAGAGAAUAAGAACAUACAUGAACAAAGUAAGAGAGAUUGAAGAAAAGAAAAAAGCUGCCAGGCUGGAUAAAGGCGCGGCAUCAAGAUUUUUACGAAAUGCGCUGUACGAACCAAAAACUCAAAGCAAAGCUGCAAAGAAAAGUCCCAUUCCAGCCAAAAAGAAAAAAUCUCAUUAGAAUCUCCCUAUUUGAUAUCAACUAGGAUUAUUUUAAUAAAGUUUUAUAUGUAAUAAAA